AUGCUCAGUGGAAGGAACUCCAGCCACGAUGUCCUGCACACUUUGUUAGCACUACUUGUGAGCCUCACAUCGCUGGUGCCUCCUACCGCUGCCCUCCCUCUGGGGGUGGUUUCACAGGACCCCACCACAGACUCGGAAGCACGACCAGCUGUUGGGUUUGCAGACUUGCUGUUAGCAGCUCAGCUUAUUCGUUUCCAGAGUGACAGCCUCAAAACUCAGGUCUGUGACAAGUAUUUGAUGUGUGAUAGCGAUAUGGAAAUUUUAUCACACAAUGGUCUACAUCUUCCAAAGAUAACAAAAGAAGAUGGAUGUUAUGCUUCAGAUUUCAACAAGGAAAAAUGCUUUCAGAAGAUCUCUAUUGGCCUUUACAUGUAUCUUCCAUAUUUGCAUUUUGUACAAAAUGACUUUGGUGGUGAGGAGAAGCAAAUAAAGAACAUGCAACAUGCUACCAAGCAUCUCGCUGAUGUAAUUAAGAUGGUGCUAAAAGAUGCAUCUGGAGUGAAACAAAUGGACAAGAAUGAACAACAGAUCCUUCUUGAAUCUCUUUCUUUGAAUCAGGAAUGGACAAGGAAACUGACUAUCAGCUUUAUACUCAGAGAUUUCACCAGUUUCAUGGAGAAAAUCAUUAGAGCUGUUCGUUAUGUUCAGAACAGUUAAACUGACAUGUACUAGUCUGAAGAGUAAGAACGUUUUAGUUCAAGAGUUUUUGUAAAACCUUUAAAAGCA